AUGCUGAGACUUUGUGGUGAAGUAGUAACCGAAGAAGAGUUACUUGAGAAGACUUACUCUACAUUCCAUUCAUCGAAUGUGAUACUGCAACAGCAGUACAGAAUGAAAGGCUUUGCCACAUAUACUGAUCUGAUCUCGUGCCUACUUCUGGCGGAGGCAAACAAUGAGCUCCUAAUGAAGAACAGUGAAGCUAGACCUGUUGGAACAACACCAUUACCGGAAACUAAUGAGGUUGAAAAUAAAGAACCCAACGAGUGCAAUUACGUCCGAAACAAUAAGAGAUCACACGGCAAUGACCGUGGUGGUUACAAGGGACGUGGCCGUGACAAUUACUCGAACAGUCGAGACAACUACUCAACCGGCCGGAAAGGAAACCACAAUAACCGUGGUAGUAGUUCCAAUUAUGGCCGUGGCCGAGAAAGUCUUAAGAACGAGAACCCUGAAGCUCACAUGGUUCACGAUUCCGGAUAUGAUUCUGACAUUGCUAAAAAUGACCAGAUGGACUUUGAGACUUCUGAUUGUCUCAAGGACUAA